AAUCUAAUGUUACCAGGAGAAAUAUAUCACUCCUAUAAAAAUUAUUUAGGCCAAUCUAACUCCCAAAAUAACCAGAAUUCUUGAAGCUGAUAUACCUCUAAGUUUUAGCUGAUAACCAUUCCCAUUCCUAAACCAAUUUCGGCACCUAUACACCCAGAAGAGUUUUGUACCUUCCAUUUUCAAAUGACAUUUAUGAAUAUGGCUCAAUACCCAUUCUUUACAGUUUCGUGUGUCCAGUUUGUGAUACACCGUAUGAGCAACAGUCGCAGGCAGAAGUGUGUAUUGCAUCGCAUUUUGGACAGGGUUUUGUAACUCCUCUCACCCAUGAAGAAGACAGGGAGAAGAUAGAAGUAAAAAGGUACUCCUGUGGUCGCUGCAACACAGUGUAUGAUAGUGAAGACCGGGCGUCACUGUGUUUUGCACGUCAUCUUGCACAAGAUGUCUGGAAUGCAACAGAAUCCAGUGAAAUGGAUUCAACCCCUAUAGACUCACAGUUGCAUACCAGUACAUCAGAACAGUACAGUGGCCAGCGGCAAACACCGUGGACAGAAGAUACUGUCGACAUACUGCUGAGAGCUGUGAGGGAUGCAUUCCCACGUUUGGAUGGGAAGCUGGAGAAGAGAGACCGUGUGUGGCGUGACAUUUUUGCUGUUGUUUCACCUCAACCUCAUCAUGUGGAUUUAUUAACAUUAGUGGUCCCUGGGGCUACUAUGCAACAGUGUAAAGUGAAGUGGAAAAAUUUAAGGUAUGCCUUCAUGCGUUAUAUUGAAAACAUGAAGACAACAGGAGCUCGUAAACUGCAUGUACCCCAGGGAUACGAUCUUCUUUGUUCAUUCCUUGGUGAACGACCCAUCGCACACCCUAGAACUGAGAGGUGUGGCCUUGAGAAUGAACAAUUACGUGAUGCUCUAGUUACAGGAACCACAACUAUCAAGACUGUAACUCCUGUUGCAGGAGCCUCAGGUGUCAGCAGGAUUGUCACCCUGUUGCAGGACCAUCAGGUGUCAGCAGAGCUGACACUCCUGUUGCAGGACCAUCAGGUGUCAGCAGGAUUGUCACUCCUGUUGCAGGACCAUCAGGUGUCAGCAGGGCUGACACUCCUGUUGCAGGACCAUCAGGUGUCAGCAGGAUUGUCACUCCAGUUGCAGGACCAUCAGGUGUCAGCAGAGCUGACACUCCUGUUGCAGGACCAUCAGGUGUCAGCAGAGCUACCACUCCUGCAUCAAUGUCUGAUCCUGAUGACCCGCCACCAUUAUUAA